CUUCCCAUCUCCCUCCCCUUCCCUUCCCUCUACUCCCCUUCAAUGCCUUCCCCUUCCCUCACCCUCAAACUCCCAAACACACCCUAAAUCAUUUCUAAAAAACAAGCGUUAUUAUCAACCCUUCUCAACCCUUCUGGAACCAAUAGAAAGAGCGAUCGAGGCUAUCUCCUCCAAUACUAAGCCAGAGUGACAAACCUGAUCCCUGCCCCUGCCUAGUUGCGGACGAAGCGCUGCACCGCUCUUCAAUCCUCCUCUCUGCAGCUUCUCCAAGCUCCGAUCGGCUGAAAUCACCUAAGGCGGCGGCGGAUUUGUUAGGGUUUGCUGCAUCUCGCCAUUCGCUUUUUCAUCAAUUAUUAUUGUUUCCCACAGUCGACUCUGAGUUUUCCUUUGAACAUGUGUUCUCAUUUCUUAUGUUGUAUCCAUCCCUACUUCGAUCUUCGGUCUUCACUCUUCAGUCGAACAAAAAAAGGAGCAGGCGCACUCCCUGCCUGAUCUCGGCCUCUCAGUCCAGGCGUCCAAGUUUCCAACAGAAAGUGCUCACUUCCUCUGUCUUCCGCAUUCUGGAGCGCGUGCGCCUUGCUCACCUUCAGGCUUCACUGCCUCACUGCUUCAUGCUUCACCGAUUUAACGUCUUCACCCGAAUCACCACUUCAGCCUUCUGCCUUCAUGUACAGAUUUGAGAAGUUGAUACACUACAAGCCAUUAAUGAGUCACGCGGAGAUGGGUCGAAUAAAUAGAUCUUUGCUAUACAAGAUGCAACUUUUUUAGGGAUGGAUGACUCCACAUCCUAUCCGCCUAUAGAACCUUCCAGCUUUGAUCUAAUCGUUAUAGGUACCGGUGUAUCGGAAUCCAUCAUUGCCGCCGCGGCCUCUGCCGCCGGAAAAUCUGUCAUCCAUCUUGACCCCAAUCCAUUCUAUGGUUCUCAUUACGCUUCUCUCCCCCUACAUGACUUCACUUCAUUCCUUCAAUCCCAUUCUAACUCUUCCUCCUCCCCUCAUCCUGCUUCACAAUACCACCAUGAAUCAGAUUUCCAUCUCAUGCCGCUUUGUACUCGCCAGCUGUACUCCUCCAUUGAUGUCUCUCUGUACUCACAGGAGCCUAUGAACUACUCCAGCAAGUUCAACAUUGAUUUGGCCGGACCUAGGGUUUUAUUUUGCGCUGAUUCUAUGGUUGACCUCAUUUUAAAUACGGGUAUCAAUCUGUAUAUGGAGUUCAAGUCGGUGGACAGGAGCUUCAUCUAUGAUGGAAAUGGUAACUUGGAUUAUGUGCCUGAUUCGCGCAGUGCAAUUUUCAAGGACCGCAAUUUAAGUUUCACUGAGAAGAAUCAGUUGAUGAGGUUCUUCAAGAUGGUGCAGGGGCAUUUGGGGGAAGAUUACACGGAAAUCAACCGGAUAUCUCAGGAUGAUUUGGAGAGUCCGUUUUGUGAGUUCCUGAGCAAAAUGGGGCUUUCAUCCAAGCUAAAAUCGAUUAUACUUUAUGCUAUAGCCUUAGCAGCUGAUGAUCAGGAAAGUGUGGAGGGUUAUAAAGUUAUCAAGACCAGGGAUGGGAUAGAUCGUUUAGCUCUUUAUCACUCUUCAGUGGGCAGGUUCUCCAAUGCACCUGGUGCUAUGAUUUAUCCAAUGUAUGGCCAAGGGGAACUUUCACAAUCCUUUUGCCGGCGUGCUGCUGUGAAAGGGUGUAUAAAUGUUCUUCGGAUGCCUGUCAAUUUUAUUCUCAAGGACAAGGGAAGUGGAAAUUACAAAGGUGUCAAAUUGGCUUCUGGUCAAGAACUAUUAAGUCAUAAUUUGAUAUUGGCUUCACCAUUUGUAAUUCCCUUUGAUACUGUCGAGUCUCGUAAUCAAUCUCUGCAAGAUGAUUCUCUUGGUCUUGAUGUAGUGAAAGAGAAGCUGGUUAAGGGAAUAUGCAUUGCAAAGUCCUCACUGAAACCAGAUGUGGCAAACUGCUUAAUAUUCUUUCCUCCUCGAUCUUUGAUCCCUGAACAGGUGUCAUCAAUUCAUGUCUUCCAGUUAAGCAGCAAUGUAGCGGUUUGCCCCAGUGGAAUGUUUGUGACUUACCUUUCAGUUAUAUGUGAAGAUGCUGUGCAAGGGAAGAAACUGCUUGACGCAGCCAUUAAUGCAUUGUUCUAUGUUCCUGUUUCUGGUACUUCUCAAAAUGAUCAUACAGACCAUCCAAAUUCAAAUGCCAAACCGGCAAUACUUUGGAGCACCUUGUAUGUACAGGAGCUGACAAAGGAAGGUUCAUUUGAUUCUGUCGCUUCAGUCUCAAUGCCGGACGGGAAUCUGCAUUACAAUGAGGUUUUGGCUGCCUCUGUUAAGAUAUUUGAGAAAAUGUACCCUGGUGAAGAUUUCUUACCAAAAGCGGCUACAUCGUCUGAAGAGGAGCAUGUGUGAACGACUACUGCACCACAUAUGAUAGGGAUGUUUGAGGGAUGCGGUUGGACUUGGACUCGUCAUGCUGCCUGUUGUAAACAUAUUAUUACUUUCUCCCAGAAAAUAGGGCAGUUUAAGAUUCAAAGCUGAACCAAACCCAACUUUAGAUAGUUUGAGUUUGGUUAGUUUAACAUCUUCACAAGCUGAACCCUUUUAUAGAUUAGUUCACCGACAUUCACGGGUAAUUGUGACUUAACAUGUUACUGAGUACAUAGUCAAAAAGAAGCUUCAAAUUAUGGAAAAAUCAAAUAU